UCCCACCCUCGCCCGUCCCAGGAACCGAGAUCUCCUCGCCCAUGUAGCACCCGAUAUGCCUUCGCCAUACCCGUAGCAUUUCACCCUCAGAUCCCCAAACCCGCCUGGCCCUGUUCACCGCGACACCAGAACCCAUCCACUCGUCCUCGCACACGCAUACGCACACCCAGCAUGGAGGCGACGCUGCAGCACACGGCUGCCACCAUCACGGAGCGCUCAAAGAGACUCAUCAACAACGACCUCAAGAAGAUCCUGAAAGAGGAGGGCAAGGCCCAGACGGGCAACAAGGCUGCCCUUCAAGCUCGCGUCAUUGAUUUAAUCACCGAUGCCGUCUCUAGAAGAGACCACGAGCAAUUGCGCCGCCUGCACCAUCGCGUCCAGCACCACGGUGAAGCGCCGCCCCCAACAGCAACCAGUCCGGCUGCUCCUCCAUACUCGCAACCACCCCCGCCCCUUGCAAACGGCUACGCCAUGUCCAACGGAUACCAGUCCAAUGGCGCGCGCCAACCGCACCAGCACCACCAGCCCACACUGCCCUCUCGUCCCACGUACUUUUUCAAAGAUAGCCCCUUCUUCGAGAUACGCGAGCUCGUGCUCACAAACAUGUCGCUAGAAGCUUCUCCAACUCACAGAGCCACGCUCUCAAAGAGUCUUACCCUGAAUGAGGCUCAGACAGGGCGCUUAAACUCCGACCCGUCCCUGCGACUGCUGCUCUUUUCUGCGCUUGAGCAGCCACUGGCUCCUUACUCGCGUCUCGACAUUGCAUUUCCUUCUCAGAUCGAAGUCAAGGUCAACGAUGCAGAGGUCAAGGCAAACUACAAGGGCCUCAAGAACAAGCCAGGCUCGACACGUCCGGCUGAUAUUACAGACUUUGUCCGCACAAAAGUCGCCAAUCAGCGCAACAGCCUCCUUAUCACUUAUGCCCUGACCCAGAAGGCAAGUCAACCAGAGAAAUAUAACCUAUUUGUUUACUUGGUGCGGAAAUUCUCCGUCGAAGAAUUGACCCAGCGUAUCAAGCGCCGCAAUGUCAUAACUAGGGGAUCUGUGCUGGAGGAGAUGAUGAAGAAGGCCAAUGACCCAGACAUCGAAGUGGGAUCGAGCGUCAUGUCACUCAAAGAUCCAAUCUCCACUCUGCGAAUCGUCACUCCCUGCAGAUCUACAGUCUGCACACACAACCAAUGCUUCGAUGCCGACUCUUUUCUCCAGCUCCAGGAGCAAGCGCCCACAUGGACCUGCCCGAUAUGCAACAAGACUAUAUCCUUCGAAGCACUUGCUGUUGAUGAAUACGUUCAGGACAUUUUGAGCAAAGCCCGCAAUACGGACCAGGUCACUAUCCAGCCAAACGGCGAGUGGUCGACCGAAAAGGACCUAAAACCCAAGCAUAACAACCAUGACGACGAUAGUGACGAUGACCUCGUUGAGAUCACUGACUACCGCGUCCAGGCUAUCAAGAGUGAAGCCGCACCAACCCCUACCUCGCUCAGUACGCCUCCGUUGCCCUCUCGAGAGCCGUCCACUGCCCCUCGCUCCACCCAAAAGAGGACCUCUGAGGUUGUCGACCUGACGUUGAGCGAUGAUGAAGAGCCAACGAGGCCAACUAAAAAGGUAGCGUAUACUACUACCCCCAAUAGCAUUCCAGAUGCAUCGCGUCGGUACCAGUUGCCUCCUUUGGCAACUACAAGGCGCCCGCCACCACCGCCAGUCUACCACUCGAGUUCUGCCAACGUACGCCCGGAAUAUUCCCGUCCUCCAUCUACACCCCCAUCGCGCCACGCUUAUCAUUCGUAUCGACCCGCGCAGCCCGCACGGCCUAGCUAUCCUGGACAGGGUACCUCCACCUACCCCACGCACAUUGGCUCUUCCUCGCCUUGAAACAUGUGCUGCGCUUUAUAAUUGUCUAUUACCAUUGAUGUAUGAGUACAUAUUUGUUCCCGUGCUAACGUAAUUUUGCCCUCGCAGGGCAGAAAGUAGACGAAGUAGUACGACACCUGUCCAAACCGCCUAUUCCAAUUCAGUCUCACUUGAUCGUGGGCGCCCCGGGCGGGUGGAUGGAGCGGAGUGCUCCUCUUUCUUCCUGAUUUGACAUGGGGAUUUAGCGCGAGGCGUUUGGAGGGCGACAUCUCAUGAUCAUCUAUC